UUGAAAGUCAACAUAGGGACAGUCUGAGGUCCGGCUCGGCGGGGAGGUUCGGUGGCGGGACCAGCCGGGAAAAUGCCCGUGGCGGUGAUGGCGGAAAGUUCCUUUAGUUUCAGAAAGUUGCUGGAUCAGUGCGAGAACCAGGAGCUCGAGGCUCCAGGAGGAAUUGCUACACCUCCAGUGUAUGGUCAGCUUCUAGCUUUAUAUCUGCUUUAUAAUGACAUGAAUAAUGCAAGAUAUCUUUGGAAAAGAAUACAACCUGCUAUAAAAUCUGCAAAUUCUGAACUUGGGGGAAUUUGGUCGGUAGGACAAAGAAUCUGGCAGAGAGAUUUCCCUGGGAUCUAUACCACCAUCAGCGCUCACCCAUGGUCUGAGACGGUCCAGCCAAUCAUGGAGGCACUUAGAGAUGCCACCCGGAGGCGAGCCUUCCCCCUGGUCUCUCAGGCAUAUACCUCCAUUAUUGCCGACGAUUUCGCAGCCUUUGUUGGACUUCCCGUGGAAGAGGCUGUGAAAGGUAUCCUAGAACAAGGAUGGCAGGCCGACUCCACCACAAGGAUGGUCAUGCCCAGAAAGCCAGUUGCAGGGGCCCUGGUUGUUUCCUUUAACAGGUUUAUUCCCUUUUCAGAGCCUGCCCCCGUUCCACCCAUCCCCAAUGAACAGCAGUUAGCCAGACUCACUGAUUAUGUGGCUUUCCUCGAAAACUGACUUAUCAUUCUGAGUUCAAGAUCCACCUUCAGCAUCUUGAAUACUGACAGAAAAAUGUAAAAUUUUUAUUUUCAAUUUUAUUGGAUGGAUUAAGCACCUCAGCAUUCCUUACUGAGUAUGUGAUAAAAUACGUAUAUAAUAUAAAAUAUAUUAUAUAUAUUUUGUCCUUAAACAUGCUGAAUGGUUGUUGAAACAAUUCUCAUUUUGUAAUAUUUGACAGUUUGGAUGGAGCCCGUCAGUAUUAGGCAGUCAGUUUAUAUUUCCUAGUGACUCGUGAAA